AUGUUCAACCCCCCACAGUCGUCCAACUCUUCUUACGCUGCCUCUCCAGCACAAAGAAGUAACUCUGCUCACCGCGCCUAUCUUACACUGAGAAUUAUAUUUGGUAUCAUUGCUUGCUUUGCUGUGUUUGGAAACUGUUUAGUUUGCCUGGUUAUUUUGAAGAAACGUAAUAACUUGAGAAAUUCCUACAACUUGAUGAUUCUGGCUCUUGCAAUCGUGGAUACACUAACAGGUACAUAAUAAUCCGUUUGGUUUGCGAUAAUUCCUUUUCAGCCAUCACCGAUGCGGAUGCUUGAGUCCUAAAAUGUGGUUUUCAUAAUACACACAUUGAAUCUGAGGGUGAAUGGAAACUGGUCGUAGUUGCAAUAUAUCGCCAUCGAUAGCUAUCGAACAACAAUAUACAGCAAAAUAGAAUAUUAGAGCUCUGUAAAUACUGUGACAAGAGUAAACUCAGAUUAUCUUAAAAUUCCUUACCCUGUUCUGCCAAGGAAAGAUGUUAUUGUCCACAAAUCUAGAACCGUGGAGAAACGCAAACUAUCUUCGUUCUACUGUUGUUUCCCAUUUAGUUUUCCUUUUUUUCUUAAUACAAUGAUGCCUUAUUUUGUUUUAAUUUAUUAAUUUAGAUUUAGUUGUCUAAAAUGCGAUUGCUAAAACAUUAAAAGAGUUCUUAGAGAAAACUUUGAAGUUUUAACGUAUACUACGAAAAUCUCCCAGUUUAACUCCGCGACACACAAAAAAAGAAAAGGCAGAAAGCGUAAACAGUCUGAAACAGUCGUUGAACUCUUAUCCUUUUAGGUAUAUGCCUGGCGAUCACUCCUUCGUUUAUUAUCGGUGAGAACAAUUUUCCGAUUACAAGUGGUCUCCAAGGAGAGUUCUUCUGCCGUUUCGUCAGCUCUCACUAUUUCGUUUUCACAUUGGGCAAGAUAUCCGUGGCUUUAGUAAUGUGCUUGGCUGUGGAUCGCUGGUUUGCGAUUUAUCGACCAUUGAAGUACCAAACAGUUUUCAAGAGAAGAACUGUCAUUCGCAAUGUUAUGUUGGUGGUGUUAACGUGCUGCAUCAUGAAUUCUAGAGCGGUUUUUGAAAAACGUCCCGCUUCGAAAGAUAACGUAAGUAUGCUGAUAUCUAUAUUACUUACAAUGCGUUUGUGUGUCCUUUGCUAUACCAAAGAACAACUGAGUAAUAUUUGCUCUAGGCAUCGUUACGUUAAUCAUGACAUGUAAAUAAGCGGAUUCAACAAGGAGUUGGAUUUGCAUAAACAUAAUCAGGGUUUUCAAUAAGGAGGGUGAACGGAACGACAAACGAUCGUCGUUGCAUACAAUGCAGUAAGACAAUUUGCAAAUCAUGAAUUUAUUCCCAGAAGGCACUUGCUAGCGAUAACUGUUAUCCGCAUGACACAUAGUUUUCCCGAUACAUGUAGUUAGUAUUUGCUAAAACAAUAAUGAAUAGUGUUUUUCAAGGGCUCCGGAUUAGCUAGUCAAACGCGGGUUAUCAGUCGUAUUCACCCUCCGAGCGACGCCAACGUCGCGUAAGUUACAAGCCAAAUGGUUUUCCGGUUUGCUACUGUAGCAAACGAAGAAAUUUCAUAACUAAACGAAGAGCCGUUCCCUACAAGACCAAGAAGACCACGAAACUUGGUUUGGCACUUUUUACAGGUAACCGCUUUGUCAAUUUAAUCCGAUUUUAUGGACGGGUUGGUAAAUGUUCACCUCUAGCCACCUCCACAUUUACAAAUAAGCUCUAAAAUUGUUUUUUUUGAAAUAGUUUUUACUAUAAGACAAAACUUCACACGUGACUUUUUAUCCCUGACCUCUAGGUCACAACCUGUAAGUGGAUGUCCUUAACAAAAGGCAAACUGGCUGCCCAAGUUUACGUAAUCAUACACGUGACUGUCACAUUCGUUAUUCCUCUAUCGAUUUCUUGGGUAACCUUCCUGCAACUUUGGCUAUUGCUGAGGAAAUCACCUUUUCACAACGAUCGACAAAAUCGUUCCAGAUCCCUUAUCUAUCCAUUGCGCAUGUGUGCGCUGACCGCGUUAUUCCUUGGGAUUUGCUGGACACCUAAUCAGUUUUACUUCGUUAUGUCAAAGUUUGACGUCAUGCAGUUAGACACACCCCUUCAUCACGUGACAGUCGUUCUGAGCAUGUUCAACUCGUGUUUGAAUCCGUGGAUUUAUGGUGCAACCAACAAGAAGUAUGGAAAGGAGUUUAGGAAAAUUAUUUUCUUUUGGAAAAGGAAUCAGAUAGAGCAAUCGGAAACGGAUAUUCUUGGAAUAACUCUAGAAAACGCCAAGUCAAGGAAUGGUGGAAGGAUAAAUCCUAGUGUGGUACCAGUCAACAAGGAUUGA